CCAUCUCCACCCUGAUACCCUCUUCUUCCUCCUUUCUUUCUGGUUUCAUAUAGCAGAAGAAGUAAAGUUCAUCAGAAGCAUGGGUUCCAAGGGAAGGUGGAGGCAGAGUUGGGCUCCACAGCCAUUGACGCCAUUAAUGGAAGGGCCUGACCCUGAGAUGCAAGAAGAAGGAGGCAAGAAAGAGAAGUCAUGGGAAGUGAUCAGAGAAUGGUUUAAAGCUCAGAAGAUAUCACCUUCUGGCAACUUUGCUCAGUCUUUCUAUGGCACAAUUCAAGCAAAGACACAAGAUUUGAGACUCAUUCUUGGUGUCUUAGGUUGUCCCUUGGCUCCUAUUCCCUUAGCCCAUGACCCUACCCAAACCAUUCAUCUCAUCAAAGACGUCCCUUUUGAAACGUCGAUAGCGAAGUAUAUAAUACAGCAGUAUUUGGCGGCGACGGGGUGUUUGAAGCAGCAGAAGGAGAUGAGGAACAUGUACGCGAGCGGCGCCGUGAAGAUGAUAUGCUGCGAGACGGAGAUCUCCUCCGGCAAGAACGUCAAGUGCAUUGGGACGAGAAGCAGCGAGAAUGGCUGCUUCGUUCUCUGGCAGAUGCUCCCCGGAAUGUGGUCCCUGGAGCUCGUCGUCGCCGGCCAUAAGGUCAUCGCCGGGAGUAACGGUAAGAUCGCCUGGCGCCACACGCCAUGGCUCGGCACCCACGCCGCCAAAGGCCCCCAACGCCCUCUCCGUCGCAUCAUUCAGGGUUUGGAUCCAAAGUGCACAGCCAGCUUAUUUGCGAAUGCACAAUGCUUGGGCGAAAACAGAAUCGGAGACGUUGACUGCUUUGUCCUAAAAGUAUCUGCUGAUCGUGCGGCUGUGGUUGAACGGAGCGAGGGUCCCGCUGAGGUAAUAAGGCACAUAUUGUAUGGGUAUUUUUGUCAAAAGAGUGGGCUUCUCAUAUAUUUGGAGGACUCUCACCUCACAAGGAUUGAAAGCCCGGACGAUAAUGAUACAGUGUAUUGGGAGACCACCAUAGGCAGCACCAUCGGUGACUAUAGAGACGUUGAUGGGAUCUUGAUCGCUCAUCGAGGGCGAUCCAUUGCCACGGUGUUCCGAUUUGGUGAGAUGUCGAUGCAGCAUAGCCGAACCAGAAUGGAAGAGAUCUGGACCAUCGAUGAUGUUAUGUUCAACGUUCCAGGACUCUCCAUGGACCAUUUCAUUCCUCCAGCCGAUAUCUAUGACAAUCUUAAUUCUCCUUAAUUAAAUAAACUAAAAGUAGGUUUUUCAUUUUUGAAAAAAAAAGUUAUAUUAAAGGACCAAGAUUUC